AUGGUGGGUAUUUUCUCAUUGGUUACCGGAUUGUCCGGACCCAGCGGAUACGGAUCCUCUACAACUGCAGAACAGGUUACGGAAGGAAUUGAUGCUAGAAAUCUCACUGCAAUUAUCACAGGAGGAGCGAGUGGUAUAGGUUUGGAGACAGCAAGAGUAUUGAGUCUUCGAAAGGUGCAUGUCAUCAUUGCAGCAAGAAACAUGGAAUCUGCAAAGGAAGCUAAACAGAUUAUACUCCAAGACAACGAAUCUGCUCGAGUUGACAUAAUGAAGCUUGAUCUUUGUUCAGUGAAGUCUGUUAGAUUGUUUGUGGAAAAUUUCCUUGCUCUUGAUCUUCCUCUCAACAUCUUAAUAAACAAUGCUGGAGUGAUGUUCUGCCCUUUCCAACUAUCAAAAGAUGGAAUUGAGAUGCAAUUUGCGACAAAUCAUCUCGGUCAUUUUCUGUUAACAAAUCUUCUACUCGACAAAAUGAAACAAACUGCAAAAACAACCGGAAUCGAGGGAAGAAUCAUAAACCUCUCAUCAAUUGCUCAUACCUAUACUUACGAAGAAGGAAUUCGAUUGGACGACAUCAAUGAUCAAAACAGUUACUCUGACAAGAAGGCUUAUGGACAAUCCAAGUUAGCUAACAUAUUACACUCAAACGAACUUUCUCGUCGCUUGAAGGAAGAAGGUGCUAACAUCACAGCUAACUCAGUACACCCCGGAGUAAUUAUGACUCCGCUUAUGAGGCACUCUUCUUUACUUAUGAAUUUCUUGAAGAUGUUCACUUUUUUCAUAUGGAAGAAUGUCCCACAGGGAGCUGCCACAACAUGCUAUGUUGCACUGCAUCCAAGCUUGAAAGGUGUAACUGGGAAGUACUUUUUGGAUUGUAAUGAGUUUAAACCAAGUGCAUUUGCUUCAAAUGGAAUUUUAGGAAGAAAGCUUUGGGAUUUUAGCAACAAGUUGAUUAAUUCAAUUUCUAAAACUUGA